GAUACCCGUCAAUGUAAACUUGAAAAUCUGACCGUCUUCCGGAAGACCCAGAAGACGGCCUAAAUCCGCCCCUGGCAAGUUUGUGUUAAACACAGUGAAGAGAAAGAAGGAACGUUAAGCUGUUCAUGGUUUCAAUCAUAAUUCCACCACAACAAAAAUGCAUUAGAUAUGCGGUAGGAUGCACUUGCAAAAAUGAAGAUAAUAUCGAUGUUUUUUGUGACAGUGGCUACACUCUAUGUAAUAUGGAUGUUGAAUUUACUCCGGAGAUACUACUUUAAAUGGGAAAAAACUAAUGGGAAUUUUGCCCGUGAGGGACCCAUUCCUAGCGGCACCGUGGUUCUUCCUUUGUCUUACUGGAGCCACAGCGCAAAACUCCAAGUGGUUGGCAGGCAGAGGGCUAUUAAAGGUUUUCAGACUAUUGGCAUCCUGAUGAAUGAAAAAGAUGGCAAAGAUAAAAUUAUGAGAACAAUAAAUUCACUGAUAGAGGAGACCACAGAAAAAGAUCAAAUGGAAACAGUUGUUCUCAUAUUUCUGUCAGUGGACCAAAGCAGCAAUUUUCAAAUAUUAAAGGAAAUCAUAUCAAUGUUUCCAACCUAUAUGAGCAGUGGAUUCUUACAGGUUAUAUACAGAACAAAUCCUUCUGACACAAAUGCCACUUCCACUCUAGAAUCAUGGCAAAAGGAUAAUAUUGACUAUGGCAUGUUAAUAAUGUUUGCUCAGAGAUUUAUAUUUUCAAAGUAUUUCUUAUUUCUUGAAUAUAAUGUAACUUGUUCACCAGGUUUUGUUUUCACUAUGAAAAUGGACGUAGAGUUUUACUCAAAACUACCUUGGAUGAUGCUGCAGUUUUCGCAGUUAAAACUUGCAGGAAGGUUUUAUCAUUACCAUGAUCUGCAUAAACUGUUGAACUACUUGUGGAUAUUUCAUCAAAAGCUGCCCCCUGAAGCCUUGGUUGAACUAUUUGUAGAUAUAAGAGGAAAUGCAAAAAGCACUGGUGUACGAAAAAGGAACUUAUUUCAGUAUCAACUUGAAGAAAACUUGAUUGGUGCAUCGGCAACCUGAGCUGCAAACUAUGAAUUCUGCAAAUAUUCUUUUUUUCACUUCUAUUUUCAUUAAAAAGCCCUUACGAAAAGGUCCUAUAGGAUCCUAUAAGAUCCAAUAGGAUUCUAUGUGAAAUUGGCCCAAUUUCAUACAGGAUUCUAUAGGAUCUUAUUGGUUUUAUGCAAUCUUGCAUUUUGGAAAUGAAGCUACGAAAACUGGUUUGCAGCUCCCUGAUCUUUGCAAAUUUGGCCAAAAUUCAGGUUUUGUCAGUAAAUAAGGCAACAUUUCUACAUUAAUAUUCUCUGUUGAAAUGCUUUGAAAUUAGUAAAAUACUCUGAAAAAAUUGGUUUUUUGUUUUGCACAAAAGUUGCAUUUGCUGAGUGUGGAAUAAGCCUUUCAAAAGUUCUUUAAUUGUUCGUUUGUUUUCAAAAUUACUGUCAGUUUUCAUUCCAGUAUAUAUUUUAAAGAAAUUUCAAAAGUUGCAUUCAUCCUACAUAAAAUUAUUAAUUAUUAACAUGAUUUGUGAUAGAUAUUAACAUCAGUACUCCCUACAAACCAUUGGCUUUGCAGACUUACAAGGGAGAGCAGGUGGGUGUCAGGCAAUUAAGUCUUGCAAAGAUUGUUCAGUAAUUACAGGGUACAACUCUGAUAUGUUCAAUGUAUAUUCUACUGACAACUGCCAAAUAA